AUGCAAUGCCACCUAGAUCCCCUCGUGUACGAGGUAGAAUCAAACCGUGACCUAUUCACCGACGCGCUCCAUGACGAGAAUGCCACCUUCGCCGAGCAUUCUUUGCAAAUGGCUCCCAUUCUCACUGAGGAUGCGCUUUCUGUAGCCGGUGACCGCAUCUUUUCUCAGCGAGCUUACUACGGGAGGAUUAUCGAACAAGACUUCGCCGGGUUCCCGAAAAUCCCGAAAUCCCGCAAAGUAUUUGUCAAUUCCGGCACUUCCUUCAGCGCGGUGGUUUGUGGCGCUCAGGGCAGAGGGAAGAGCCAUUCCACUGCUGUUCUUCUCGAGUCAUGUCUCAUCGCAGACCAUAGACUCGGCGCGAUCCCAUCCCCCCUGAGUGCUCUAGUCUUUUAUUUCGAUUCGACAGGAUGGGAUGGGAACAGCAAGCCCUGUGAGCUCGCCCAUCUAGCUUGGCUGGAUGACGUUCGUGGUCAAGGCGUCAACCCACCGAAUGUCACUGUGCUUGUCCUUCCCUCCUCUCUCAGUAUUAUGACGGAGCUUUACGCCGAGGAGCCUAAUGUGAUUGUUGAGGCACUCCAUUUUGCGCCAGAGGAUAUCAGCCGCGAGGGCUUGCUCGCAAUCAUGAACGUAAACCCGGGCAACAUAUCUUUGCCGGGCUCUUACUUGGAACCCGUCAUGUCGAUUCUUUGUGACAUGGAUUCAUUCGACUAUCACACGUUUCGCAGACGACUCGAUGCCAGUCGGUUAACUGCUGCGCAGAAGUUUGCACUGCAGCAACGAUUGGAUAUGCUUGACAUGUGUAUGAAGGAUGGCAACGUGGAGAAUCAUGUCAAGCGUCAUUUUCGACCUGGCCAUUCGACUAUCGUCGACUUCUUCGACAUGAUAUUGGGUCUCUUUGAUACAGAGACGAUUGAGAGAGGCGGGAAGCUCGUGGUGCUCGACGAAGCGCACCAGUAUUUGCCAGACAACGGCGUUCCUUGCCGGUUCACUGAUACGUUUCAAUCGCCCGUGUGGUUUGAUCAUCUUUUGAGGCACAUGCCUACACCUGACGGGGAUAUGCGACAGCCCUGGUUCGAUAAAAUCAUCACCCUUCGCACGGGGCAGGCCAUGCUCUUUGCGCCUGCGGAUGUCGGUUGCAGGCAAUCCCACUGGGACGUAACGUCUGAGUGGUGGGGCCGAGAUAUAGAUGCUCCCGCAACCUCCCAGUCCUUAGUUCCGCUUGGAAGAGGUUACAUUCUUGUCCAGUCGCGACAACGAGUUACGCGCGAUGGAGACAAAACGGUGCUUGCUGCGCGGAGUUCCUCCCUCCGGGCAGUGUUCCAAGGUCCGCAGGACAUUGCGCAGGCGUUCGAACCGAGGGAAGUAUCCACACCAGCACUUGUCAAACUCGUCCCUGAGGAAGUAAGCGUGGAAGAUCUUCCCGACCCCUCCGAGGACGAAGGCAGUAUCGCUGUGUCCGCCAGCGCAUCGUCCUCGGCGGUGGGGUUCGGAAUCAUCAACACUGCCCCAACCACCGUGAAGGCGAGCCAUCAAAGGUUCCAUGCCCUCCUCUCAUUCCUCGAGCAACGACGGAUAGAGAACGUCGGUUCAUUCCUUCUUCCCAACGUCGAAGCUCGCUUGCGCGAGCUUCAUGAAGACCCAUUCGAUGGACAAACCAUCGAAGAUCAUGUUCACGAUGCGUUUCGCCUUUUCCUCGUCCGGUCGGGCGGCGAGAUGGGAGACACAUGGGUGGAACUUGGUCGGUACGGACCACUGGUCCUUGUGAUGCAAGACUUGCGGCGCACAGGAAAUGUGAGGCCUACUCGCUCGGCCGUCCUGGAGCAACUGGAGAAACACGAUGCUGUGGCCAAACCACCAGGUCGCUUUUUCCACACAGCUGAGAAAUUAGGCAUCAUCCGGCGUGAUAACGACAGGAUUGUACUGCUUUCACUUCACAACCCAUAG